CUAUCUAGUUGUGGAGGUGGUUUGGGACACAGUGUGUGGUUUGUUGUCGUCUCUCUGAGAGUCUGUGCCGCUGCUGAAGUGUGUUCGACCGGUGAAGUUUUAUGGAGUUUAUGUUAAAAGUCCUGAAAUGGGAUUUAUUUGACUGUCGAGUUGUUUUUGUUGAGAAAUAACUGAAUAAAGAAGUGGACGGAAGUGCGCGCGCGGCGAUGCUGCAGUCGGAGUCGGAGCCGAGGCUGUACCGGCUCUUCCGCCUGCUCUGUGGGCUUUUUACACAUUUACUGUGCGCCGCUUUCACCGGAUUUGUCGCGAUACUCACCAAACCAGGCUCCAGUUUGUUCUCUUGGCACCCGUUUCUGAUGACCUUGGCAGUCCCAAGAUCUCAAGCCCUGACACGCCGUAUAUCCCUCGAUACAUGUGAAUUCUCGUUUUUCAUGACCGAGGCGAUUCUGCUCUUCUCUCCACACUCUUCCCCUGUGGCGAAAUUAAAGCACCAGGUGAAAUCACGGCUGCACUGGAUCUUGCAGUGUUCCUGCGUGUCCUGUGCCCUGGCCGGUCUCGGAACCAUCUUCUACAACAAGCACCUGAACAGUAAGCCACAUUUCUCCACAUGGCACGGGCUGAUGGGCGUGGUCACCGUGUGUGUGGUGGUGCUGCAGUCAGCGGGGGCACUGCCUCUGAUCUACCACAAACUUGUGAAAGGCUGGUCUCUGGCCAAGCUGAAGCGCUACCACGCUGCCGCAGGACUCGUCACGUACCUGCUGGGCAGCGUGAGUCUGCUCCUGGGCACCUGCUCCACCUGGUUCACGGCCAGCGUCGGUGAGAAUGCGUGGUACGUCACUAUGCUGUGCCCCACCCUCUCCGCCCUCACCAUCAUGAGCCAAGUGACCAACGCUUACAUGGCCAAGAAACGCCUGCAGUCCUAAAGCAGGAGCGGACGUCCGAUAUUAUAUUUCCAUGUCGACAAACACAUCAGAGAUGACCUUGUUGGUAGUUUUGUGAUGGUUGGCUAAACACAAAUGAUGAGAAUCACAAGAAGUUCACACAUCAAAUAUGUUUCAGCUGAUGGACUACAGUUGUGGUGAAGGAGACACAAGCGAGGCGUGUAUCAGGACUGCAGCUCCACCAGAGCAUCACAGGAAUGCGACUUAAAUUCGGACACUGAGCAGAGUAAAGCAGGUACUGGAGAUGCAUCUGAUAUGGCAGUGACCUCUGACCUUUCAGCAACACUGCAAAUCUCAGGUUGUUAUUUUGUCAAAGACCCAAAGGGAUAAAGAAGAGGAAUUCAGUCUAAAGGCUCUGACAGCAUGUGUUCGGUAUUCUCAGAUUUAAUUAUUACUCAACUGUUUAUACUUAAAAAAAAAAAAAAAGACCCAUCAUGCAUGACCGCUCUCCCUCCAUUCAGCUUCUGAUGUGACUGUAAAUGUACUGAUGACAAGAAAAGAGGAAUGAAUAAUCAAUCGGUUCAAAUACAACAAGAAAUGCUGAAUUUAUUGUCUGUUAAAACAACAUUAAAUAAAUACAAUGUCAUUUUAA